AUGUCUUACACUUCCUACUCCGAUGCGCGCAUGUCGCAUAACUUUCGCCCCACUCCUCGCAAAUCAUUAAGAUCACCGGAGCGCGAGAUCGCCUUCCGAAAAGAGCAGAUCGCAACGACCAAACGAUCUUUAAUUCUCAAGCCACAGGGCGAUGCACAGUCUGCAAUAUCGUACAAAAUCACCGACGAACAUGGUGUAACCGAGUUCACGGUGACUGGACGAAAAUACGGCGAUCGCUCGUGUCGCGAGUUGCGCGAUUCCUCGGGUCUACCAUACUUCGAGCUUCACACAUCCGGUCUGGCUUCACUUUCCUCUCGUUGGUAUAUCACCUUGCCCGGUGGCGGGGAUCAGAAAGUGGCAAAGGCUGGUCCUCAAUUUUCUUGGAAUGGAAGUGUCAUGAAAUUCACUUUCCAAAAUAUGGCUGCCAGUGACACGAAACGCGCGGAAGAUAAAGAGCUUACGCUCAAUGUGACGAAACAUGGAGCCGUACUUAACUUCUUUGAUAUCGUUGAUGUUGAUCGGAGGAUCGCGGAGGUGCGCGAGAGUGUCCAGCACAACGAAAAGUUGAAUUUGAGGAAAUCGUCGCGGGGAGGGGGUCAUCGGCCCACCCUGGAUUUGACCGUCAUGCCUGGUGUGGAUGUUUCACUGGUAGCGGCGAUUGCAGUCAUCUUGUCUGAUUGGUAUUUUGGAUCUAAUUAA